GAUAUGAGGGACGAAGUGAAGAUGGACGCGAAUCGGCUAAUCGCCGAAGUUUAUAAGCGGCCAGCGCUUUGGAACCAAAGACAUAUCUCUUAUCACAAUCGCGAGGUGACGAACCGCGUUUGGAUGGAAAUUGCAUCGAUAUUCAAGUUGCCCAAACCGGUAUUAAAAGCGAAAUGGAAAGGUUUACGAGAUACGUUUCGGGCGGAAUUAAAAAAGGACCAAGUCUACCGUAAAAGUAAAUUCCAUCGUAAUAGGCCGGUAUGGAUACAUUUCAAAAGUUUACAGUUUUUAAAAGAACAAAUGUUACCUCGUCCUCCGAUUUGGGAACGGAGUAAUUCUUGUCAAGACGACGAUCGAAUACACAGCGAGGGUGAAAGCGACGGGAUGCUGUUGCAGAACGGUUCGUCGGUAACAAGUAGAAACGCGGAGGAUCGUGGUACGAUCUCUAAUCAUCUACUGUCGAUAAGUAACGAAAACGGAUUGAAGAUCGACAGCAUCAAUCACAUAGACGUGAAGCAAGAACCCGAAGAGAACUUCGACAAUCUCGAGUUUCAAAGCGUCUCUGACAACCUCACGGAAAACGAGAUGAUGUUGCAAAACAUCUCACCUGAACAAGUGUUGAUGGGCGACCAUGACACUGGCAUUGGUCUUACGGUGGAUCCUUUAGAAGGCAACCGUUUCGAUGAUAAUUACUAUUUCCUUAUGAGUCUUUUACCUCAUGUAAGAACAUUACCGGCCGAUAGAAGAAUGCUGCUAAGGAUGCAAAUGCAAGAACUGGUUUACAAAGAGGUUUACAAGAAAAGUACCGAGAGUGUCGCCACUCCGUAAAAAGACAGAAAUGAAUAUUUUUAACAAAGACGUUAUUCGUACGCGACUUCGAAAGUGGUUAGAACCUAUCAGAAUAAUUGUCUUUCACAGUCCACUGUAUUUAACCCUUGGACGACAGGAUUCAUAUAGGACCACGAUAGUUAAGACUUAUUGUUGGGAAUAUACAGAUUUAUUGUAAUGGAGAUCAGAUGGAGGAAGUUUGGUACUUUAAAUACGACAAAAUGACGAAUAAAUGGUUAAGUGGUUAUAAUACUAUUUCUUCUGACAAUCUAUCUGAUAAAUACAUAAAUACUAGAGAUCACGGUUUUGAACGGGUAUUAAACGUG